AUGUCCAACCCAACGGAAGAAGCACUCAGGGGCCCGACGUCGUACACAUCGCCUACCAUCAAGAGGGAAACCCACAGCAACCCCAAUACGGGGCAGACCAUCACGACGACGACGACAACGACGACGACGACGACGACAAUCACUGGCCAGGACGGCGCUGAGAAAACCAUAAUCGAACGGCCGCAUGAUAAAGCCACCGAGCUGCCGACGGGCAUUGAGCCCCCUACCCAGGUAGAACAGGAUGAACAGAUGCCAGGAGCUUCCGGAGCGGGCCUUGUUCCGCCCCAGGAGCCGACCUCGCCCAUGACCCCGGUGGAGGCAAGGAACCCACCUCCCGUGAUACCGGAACGGAAUGCCAGACGGUCUCUCGAGGGUAUGCCUAACCAGACGAGGCCUCUCGCAACCGCCAUGCAGCCCCAAGAAGGCUUCAGUCCGUCGGACCAAGGACCGCAGGACUAUGCACAUCCGUCAAACCAACCAUUGCCGCACGAGGCGCAGGGAAAUAACGCACGGCUCGGCAGCAACAGUACACCAAAGGGUCUAGGGUCAGUAAAGACUUUCGACAACCUGAAGCGGGCUGCGGCCGGAGUACAUGGUGCCGGUGAUCUCCUGCGCGGGACGUUCAACUCCUCCAUCGACAAACGGUUCCACGAGCCCGACAGCGUAGCGGUCCAGAAGAACGAGGACGUCCUCGAACGGGGCCGUUACGAGGCGGAGAACCAGCGUUUCCACCACCCGGAAGGGGCCAUGCCUCCGCUGGACCAGAUACAAGAGACAUACGAGCCCUCUGAGCCCGACUACCCUUCAUCGUCCCAGCAGCUACCAAUCCAGCCAUUGGCGCCUCGGGAGAGUCGAUUCAGCGGCAUGUUCAAGAAGGACAGAUCGCCGAGCGUCGGCCCGCCAGAUCCUCCAAGAAAACUCAAGAAAAUGAGAGGUGUUGCCUAA